AUGGCCGGCACCCACGACAGGCUGUGCCUGGGAUGCGGCAAGUGCUUUGCAAAGCCGGCCCGGCUCCGCCGGCACCUCCUCAGCAGCGCCCCCUGCCGGAAAGCAUGGGGCUCCUUUCGGCCAGACUCUGCGUCCCUUCCGGCUAUGCAUGCCCUGGCCCUCCCUCUUCGAGUCCCAGGAGUGAUGUCUGGGGGUCAUGCUGUGAUUGACCCUGCUACUUAUCAUAAAGGACUGCUGGAGACUUUGCAGGCGCUCGAUUGCGCUGACUGCGACACGGCUUGGGGUGUCAUCAAGGACUUCAUCGAGCCCCUCUCCGUUCUUCGAGCCACGGUCGACCUUUGGGCGUCCACGCCAGGUGCAGCCCCCGGUGUGGCAGAGGUAGCAGAGGACGUGAAACUCAUGCUCGAUCCACAGUUGUGUUGCGAUGACUUUCGAGUUUCUCGCGCCAACGGUGGAAGCGUGGAUGUCUUCGAGGCGCUUGACUGGAGGCCGGCGUGUCAGCUCCCUUUCGUCCUGACUGGGGAGGUUGCCGCCUUCAGCAUCGACGAUCCCCCGCUCCAGGGAUACGCGUAUCCCUUCACUUGCAGCUUGCCUCUGGCCGCUGCGUCGGAGUUCAUGCGCUGGCUUGAGACCAGUUGCGAUAUUUUGGGGACCUUCGCUCAGACCUCUGCGGCGCACCCUGUGCGUCUCCGUGCCUCUGCUGUGGCACUGGCGGCUCUUGAACCUGCUGGCGCUUGGCUCCUGCGGGCGGGCUUUGUACAGACCGCCUCGGGCCUCCGCUCUCCGGGUUCCUGA